CAAGUGCAGCAGUCCACACCCACCCACUUCUUAAAAUAUUCCGAAAAAGAAAAAAGAAGGAAAAAAAAAAAACCACAACCCUCUCUAAGUUGCCUUCAUAAAAUCCCUCGAUCUUCUAUCUCCUAUCUUUCAAACUCCAUUCCAAUCUCUCCAUUUUCAAAUCCAAAUUCAGUUUGGGAAAGAACCCAGAUCAGAAAAUGCAUGAUUUCUGCCUCACAAUCCCAUAUGGCCUCCUUGUUCUUGUGGGAGGGAUUAUGGGGUAUGUGAAGAAAGGGAGCACUGCUUCCUUGGGAGGUGGAGCUGGUUCUGGUCUCGUGCUUCUCAUAGCUGGUUUUCUCAGCCUCAAAGCUUAUGGGAAGCGCAGGAAUUCGCAUGUCGCAUUGAUUUUGCAGACUGUUGUUGCGUUCGUGCUAACAUGGGUUAUGGGACAACGAUACAUCCAAACCUCCAAGAUAAUGCCAGCUGGAGUAGUUGCUGGUCUCAGUGGGCUCAUGGCCUUAUUUUACAUAUACAAGAUUGCAACUGGUGGGAAUCAUUUCCCGGCUAAAGUCGAAUGAAGCUUCAAAUGGUAACGUUUAUGUAUGUUGGAUUUGCCAGUUUCAGAACUUAUUAUUUUGGUAGAUUCAUGGUUGUAUUCUGUUACAUUUUGAUGAUAUGGUGGACCAUUUACGUGAAAGUAGUGUUUGAAUAAGGGUUUUCUUUCAUUUGGUUUCUA